AUGAACAAUCCAGAGCCCAUCCUCUUUGGACUGUUGGCUUCAUAUGCCACUCUGUUGUCCUCGGCAACUGUGGUGCUUGCCCUAGAUGACCAGGAAGAAGAGCAGAAGCGAACAGAAAUGGUGGAAGAAGCAGUGAAAGCAAUUGGGUUCAUUCGGUCCAUCAAGAAGCGACUUGAUAGAGAGGAAGCAUCCAGUGAAGACGAGGGAGAGGACAAAGAAGGUGUACAACUACGCUCGUGCGAAGGAGAGCAUUCUAGAGGAUUAUCUGAAAGAGAAUGCUCUUUUUGA